UCUUAACUUCCGUUAAAUGAAGGGUAUAUGUGAGUAAUUUUGUAACGAGAGGGGUAUAUACGAGCCGUUUGUAUAACGGUAAGAGCAUAUACGAGUCACUUUUAUAACGAGAGUAUAUCAGCUCCAAAUGACAAAGUUGAGGGGUAUAUGAGACACUUUUCCCUUUAUAAUAAAUAUAAUUGGUAGCUUAAAAAAUAGAGUAAAUUUAUAAGUAGAUUGACUGGGUAAAGCACUAAAAAGGGUGUAUUAUUCUGAAGCAUUAAAUAUAAUCUUGAUAGAUAAUUAACAAUAGACUCGACUCGAGAUUUGCAGAAUCCCAGCCCUGAUUCACACUCCGAACCUAAUUCUUGACUCCGAGUUGAGAUCUGACUCUCAAUCCCAACCUUGUCACGAGACUCAACUUACAAACUCCCUAUCUCACCUACCAAUCUCUGUCCCGAACUAGUCUAUCGAACCAAACUCCAUACCCGAACCUGAGACCCAACCCAUUCCCCUACCUUGACUUGAUUUUGGGUCAUUAUUUUUGGAUUGCGGAUCCGGAUUUUACAUUUAAGUGGAUCCGGGUUAAGUUUGUUGGUUAAAUCUAUUAAUUAAUAAAAAUUUCAACCAAUAUAUGAAAUAAAAAUCCUAAUUUUGAUUUUCUCUAAAUCCCAAAUGGCAUAUAACAGAUCAGAGAGACUGAUGAAAUUAAGUGAAAGGCUUCGUUUAUAUAACCAAAAUUCAAAAAUUGAAGAAUUGGGGACAGAUAAUAGUAAUAGUAAUUCAAUAAGAUCCAAAUCAAACAGAGCUGCAGUUUUGGUGUGUCUAUUUGAAGACCCACAAGAAAAUCUUCGUGUAAUCCUCACCAAAAGAGCUUCAACACUUUCUUCAUACUCAGGUGAAGUUGCUUUGCCUGGUGGAAAAGUAGAAGAAGGUGAUGCCGAUGACAUUGAAACAGCUCUGAGGGAGGCCGAGGAGGAGAUCGGAUUAGAUCGUUCACUUGUAGAUGUUGUCACUGUUCUUGAAUCCUUUACCGCCAAGGGAAUUACAGUGAUUCCAGUUGUGGGCAUACUUUGGGAUCGGAGCGCGUUCAACCCGUUGAUAAACGCUGCAGAAGUGGCAUCAAUAUUUGAUGCACCUCUGGAAAUGUUUCUUAAGGAUGAGAAUCGACGAGAGCAAGAGUUUGAACACAUGGGAGAUAAGUAUGUAAUCCAUUUCUUUGAUCAUCAAACAGAGAAUGAGAAGUAUAUAAUAUGGGCUUUUACUGCUGCUAUUUUGAUUAAAGCUGCAUCGAUUGUGUACCAACGUCCCCCUGAUUUUCAAGAACGAAGACCUAGAUUUUGGAACAGAAGUCGUCAAUGAAAGAUGUUAGUGUCCUUUGAACUUUGAACAUAAGAGGUUGUUCCUUCAAAGUUACAUAAAUAUGUCUCCAUAUGUAUUUAUAGCCAUUGCUCUCUGUGAAAGUAUAUUCUGUUUGGGCCAA